AUGGGAAAAGGACCAUUGGAGCAGAAGCUCCAGUUCGAAAAGAAGAACCAAGACCUCGUCAAGCUUCCCAAAUAUGCAAAAGUCGAAAAGCGCCCAAUACCCCAUGCACCAGUUGCCUCUCCCUACGCCGGUGCCUCUGUUCCCAAGAUCGUCUACGUCUCGAGUAGCACACCAUUCAUGAGCGCAGUUAAGCGCAUCCAGAAACUACUCCUCCAAGCCGAGAAGCGCGCCACGGCAAACAUCAACCUAGAAGACACGCGCAAAAACGAGAAACAAAAGCUCGCAGAGCUAGCCAAUAUCUCCUCGAAGCGGGAGGAGGUCUUCGUCAAGGCGACGGGACGGGCCAUUGAGAAAGCGCUCAAUGUCGGCAAAUGGUUUGAGGAGAAAGAGACUGAGUACUCGGUCCGUGUGAAGACUGGCAGUGUCAUUGUUGUUGAUGAUGUUAUUGAGGAUGAAGAGAAGAAGGAACAAGAGGAGCAAAAGCGUCAACGGCAGGAGGGGCAACAGACUAACCCUCCUUCGUCGGAGUCUAAGUCGGCUGCGAAGAAGAGGAAGCGUCAGGCUGCUGCCGCUGUGAACCCUGAUGCUGAGCUUCCUGAGAGCCGUACGCGGUGGGUCAAAAUGGUUGAGGUUGCUGUUAGCCUUAAGUGA